CCGGAUUCAGUCUGCCAUAGACCGUCGCCGUGAACGGAAGAACGAAGAGAGCGUCAGAGCCGUUAGUAGUUUUCCACAUCGAAAACCGCAAAGUGUGGGAAAAUCUUCGCUGCAUGACUUGAGUAGUAGCUGGCUGCUACCUUUUUACUUUGAGUAUAACGAAGGAAGUGCGUAUACUUCGUUCAUUUUUUGGAAGCUGUCUGUGCUUUACUUCUGUUCUGGUCUUUUGUAUAUCUCUUCGGGAGAGAUCUUCAUCGGCUGUUGAAGUCUGGAAGGAUAUUUUUUUUUAUUUGUUUGCUCCACAAGGCGAGGAGGCCUGUUGAAUGGCAUUGAAUACAAAGUUGUGUGUGACUUGCUGAUUUCUUUUGUGUUAUUUUGAUAUCGGAAUUCCGGACCGUGCCAGGAAGUAGUAAAAAGACCCUUCUUAUUGCAUCAGCAGAAGUGUAGUAAAUCUCGCAAGUGCUAAAGGUUAAGCAGGGAUAAUAGGAGGCUUUCAUCAAGUGUUGUUGCGUGUGAGGAAUAGAAGAGUGCCUGACGCCAACUUUAUUGCCGAUUUACUUGCUUUCGGGAUAGUUCCAAGUUGAUUACAGCUGUCCUCGAGGGACUAACUGACUGUCUUGGAAAGGGGGUUUUUGGGGAAAGUGUGUGUGUUGAGGAAAGCCGGUGGAGCGUUCAUAGCAUGUGGUUCUACUACCCCGGGAGGUGGUGUAAAUGAAAGUGAAAAGCUGUUGCCAAGGGCAAAGCGAGUGAACAGCGGAAAAACAACAACCAUCGGCGGCGGCAAAGCCAAAAGCAUUGACUAAACAAGUGAUAUCGAUCCAGGAGCGGCUUCUUCGCCACUAUACCUACUCCUAUACAAAGUCAAAUCAAAGUGAGGGUCGUCUCCAGCCAACCAGCCAAGUUUCACGUUGUUUGCACAUGGCGAUCGCUGUCCGUUUUUAUCACUAAAUGCUGUUGCUGUUUGUUUUUGUAAGACACCAGUAGCACCAACCUAAAAUCGGGGAGCGCAACAGCGCGUUUUACUUUUUACUCUUUCUUAUUGCUGUUGUCCGUUUUUUUCUUCUGUAGCCUCCCUAUUAGUCGUUUGUUGUUGUCGGUUUUCUUCGUGACGAGUUUUUAUUAUAUCAAGAGCUGCAUAUAUACAUUUUAUUGAAUAAAAAAGUGUCUUGUUGAUACGCGAGUGAGAUUCGACCUGUACCCAGCCUGUACUAGUGUCUGGAUUCGCGCUGAUGUUUGUCCGCCAUACCGAAUUGCCAAAGUGUACGCAAACAAAAGUGGAACAGUCCUCGUCGUCGUCAGUUUAUGGUGCCUGAUAAUAGUGAGCGAGGUACCUACAACUUACAAUAAUUGUCGGUGCAAAAGGAACAACACAGAAGAACCAAACUAACUAUCGUCUCCGGGCUGUUGUUGUUCGGCCGGCUGUUAAGCCGUAGAUUUCUUUAUUUGUGGAUUUACUGAUAAAGACGGGCGGACGAACUGAGAAACGAGAAUAGGAGCAGCAAGUGCAUGCGGUACAAAGCAAGCGGCAGCAAGGAAUAAACAAACAACAACAGUAACAGUUGAAAAACAAAAAAAAUAGCUAGCGCGAUCGUAUCAUUUAUCAACCGUGACAGAGGAUUAUUUUUCGCACUGUUAGUUGACGCGGAACCAGAGGAAAAAGUUUCAAAAAUAAAUACCUUCGAGCAGAAAAUCACGCUUUCACACCUGCCAUCGCUCUAGUCUCUUCUAGUUAGUUGGUUUGAAGUGGGAUUUUUUUCUAAAAAUCAGUGAAAAAAGAAGAAAAGGAAAAACCAUUCGAAUGGACGUGAUUCGGUAGUGUUCUUCGAGUUCAGGGAUCCAACCGUCACACAUGAUCGCAAUCGAUCGUAAAUUGGUGGAUAAAAAGCGGAACUUUUUCUUUUGAUAGUGUUCGGUGUUUGUUGUGGAACUGCAAAUUUUUGGUUCCGGUGGUUUCGGUUGCCGGUUGAAAGUGAGCUGAUAGAUCUGGAGAGCAGCCGGGAGACCGUUUCCAUGUACUCAAUGGUAGACUGCUACAACGACAUGGGUCAGCUUGGCCAUGAUUUUGGCACAAAGGACUCAUUGUCGGUGGACAGCCUGGAUAUGGACCACGUCACCAAGGUGAUAGCAUACCAUCCGCGGUACCUGAAGCAUUACCUGGACACCCAGAACUUCAUCAUGCAGUGCGAUGGACCGCUGCCGUACGAAUUUCGGUCCUACAUUGCCAUUAUGGCGGCCGCCAGACACAAGUGCACCUAUCUGGUGAAUCUGUACGAGGGUGAGUUCCUGAUGCGGGGCGGAAAUCCGGACUGGCUCAAGGGACUCGAGCAUAUUCCAGCCAAACUACGUGCCAUAGCCGAUAUCAACAAAAUCCUAGCCCACCGUCCAUGGCUGCUCAACAAGGAGCACAUAGAGCGCCUUACCAGGGGUCAAAACAGUUGGUCCCUGUCGGAGGUGGUCCACGCGAUCGUCCUGCUGGCCCACUUCCACUCGCUGUCGUCGUUCGUAUUCUCCUGCGGCCUAACGCAGGAACUGGACACCGCCAACAACUCUAGUCAAGGCAUGAUCGUGAACAACAACAGUGUCGCACAAAAGACUGACCACGAGUAUCACAACGGGCAAGAAGCAAUGACCAAACCCCAGAACGAGGUCACAGUGGAUGCACUGAUGCAGCGCAUGAAGAAACUCUCGGAAAAGAGCACCGAGUGUACCGAAACAGAACUGAGCAAUCGGUUCAAGAACGUUGAACUGCAGGCGGCCGAGCUGCCGGCCGUGGUGGCCAAUGCCGUUGAAGUGCCUCAGCUGAUCGGACGUUUCGUGGACGAUCCGAACUUCACAUAUCAGGACUUUGCCCGGCGUGGAGCGGAGAACAUUCCGCAAACGUUUCGGAUACAGGACUACUCCUGGGACGAUCAUGCGUAUUCCCUUGUGAAUAGGCUCUACAAUGACGUUGGAUUCUAUCUGGACGAAAAGUUCCGGGUGGCGUACAAUCUGACGUACUACACCAUUGCCGGUCGGACCAACGUGGAUACGUCGAAGUUCCGGAGAGCCAUCUGGAACUACAUCCAGUGUAUCUACGGUAUUCGCUACGAUGAUUACGACUACGGGGAGGUCAACCAGCUGCUGGAUCGGCCGUUGAAGAUGUUCAUCAAGACGGCUUGCUGCUUUCCGGAGCGGAUCACCAAAACGGACUACGACAGCAUACUGGUGGAGCUGCAGCACAGCGAAAAGGUCCACGUGAAUCUGAUGAUCAUGGAGGCACGCAACCAGGCCGAGCUGCUGUACGCCCUGCGUGAGAUUAUGCGCUACAUGACAUGAUUCGUCUGCGUGUCGGUCUUCGACGAUGGUGAUGCACAAAUGACAUCACUUAAUCUGACGACGACGAUCACAAUCAAGAUGAUAGCCACCAACCCUUUUGUGUAGUUCAAUUUUGCAGAAGUAAUACGGUUAGUUAAGUUUUGCUUACAACCAAACCAUCCACGCAGAACAAAAUCACCGAAACAAUCAAAUCCUCGACUCUGUUGACAUCAAUUGGCUGUAUUUUAUUAUCUUUAUUUUAUUAUUUUUUGUGAAUUUUAAGCACCUUCCCUGUUCAAUCUAAAUGUGUAGAUGUUGUUAGGACCGAGCGUCCAAGACUUUUUGUUUUUCCCAUUCGAAUUUCGCCGCAAAGGGGCGAACAGACACAGCUUUUGACGUUUGACGAGAGUUGGUUCAGAGCAUGGAAUGGAAGUUUGGAAGAGCGUAUAGUUUGUAAUCAAGCACUUGUCGAUAGAAAAAAAAGAGCAGAAACUGCAAGCAACAGAAUAUUCAUGUGGUGAUAUAAGCUAAGGACGUUUUAUUUUGUAUGCUGAAAAGCAUUGAGAUUGAAUUUGAUUGCUGUCGAAACAAAAGAAAAAAUGUAAAGAUGGUAACAAGUGAUUACACAAGUCAAAUUUCAUGUAAAACUUUAGUUUAGGAUCUAUGUUAAUAACAAUCUUUAUAAGAAGAAUGUGUCAUAAGGACGAAGAUCAGGGCAUUGAUUAAAAUCAAUCUUAGUCUGUACAGAUAAUGGCGAAUGCUUGCUAGCUAGCAGAAUAAAAAAUAACAACUUUUUAUUGAAACCUGAUGAAUCGCACAAUUAGCCGCUAAUCAACACCAGUUGAAUGUGAACUAUUGAAGAUAACUAAUUUUUCACUACAGAUUGAUCUCAAACAAAUCAAGUGAAGGAUUUUGUUUUUCGAAUUACAAAUUUUUGCUAUGCCAGUUUCAACAAAUUGUUAACCUUUGAUGAUAGACAUGACGUGUUGAUUAUCAAAUCGAGGAAUUACCCAAACGUUAAAGUUAGAUUGUUGCUAGAAUAAGUGUUUAAUAAGUCAAAUGAAUCAUUAAAGCAGGAACAAACGAUAGACCUCCAUAUAAACGGUCAUUGAUAUUAUGAAUAGACGAUCGUGUCGUAACUAGUCUGAGGAGAAUAACCACCUUGGCAAAAGCUUCUAAACCAUUUUGAGUCAGAUUUUGUAUUGAAUUCAAAUUGACGUACAACAAAAGAACAACAGAGAAAAUGUGUUCAACAUUUUAUAGAUUCAAAUGAAAAUUUUCUACAGAUGUAUACACCACUAAAUUGUGAACAGUUUACCUAAUGAAAUCACUUUGGAGAAAAAUGUUUUGAUACAAAACAAAAUACACCUUUGAAGAUCUAACCGACAAAAAAAAACUUCAAUAAUUUAAAGCUAAGACUUAUGCAACAAACUAAAUGAAUACAAAAUAUAAAUGUGAUUUGUUUGUGAUGAAAUUUGUGCCAAAAAUCUCUUAUUUUACAAAACACAAUGCGUACAAUGCAAAAUAAAAAAGGAUGUUUUGAUUGCAAAAUGGCAUCCAUAGAUUCGAAAAAACAAAAUGGUAACUCAAUCAGUUCCAGGAUACAAAAAAGAAGAAAACCUUAAUCAAAAACAAUUGUGCAACAAAUGUUAUAUUAACUCAAUACAGAGAACCGAUCAAUUUAUUAUCACAUUUUCCGUUUCGUAACAUUUUGUUGAUUUAUACCUUUCUUUUAUGUAAACGUUCAAAACGAAUCAUAGCGUUGAAAAUGUAUGUUUUGUUAACUGUUAAUUGCAUUGAAAUAUUAUUAUAUCUUGAUAAGUUUAUCUUUCCUAGCUUAAGUCGAACAUUUAGAAUAACCACCCACAGCCUUACACGACGAAAUGCGCUGUCUGUGUGAUGAAAUCAGACAACCCACCCGAUUUGAAUUACAAUUACGAAAGCACACCAUAGGUUCGAUGAUUAUCAGUUUGAACAAGGCGAGGUUGUCUCCUGUUUUAUUCUAGGAUAUGGAACAAAUAACCUCACACACGCUGAGGAGCAGACAAAUAAAAAUCUUUUAUAAAUCGUUUCUUACACGGAAAACAAAUCCAACUAUUGUUGUACAGGAAUAAAUGUGAGCG